CUCCGAGCAACUUGAGGCACGAAGAUGGCGUUUUCUUACACAACAUUACAGCUGUUUAUUCCGUUUACUCCAUUCCUGGCCGUUCAUUUCUAAACUUAAACGGCCUUGCACGCGAAGCCGUCCACUUCGUUGAUAUGUAAAGUCAAGGUGUUCCCUCGGAGAGCACCGACGAUGGUCGCUCAUGUGCAGCUCGUUGCCAUCCAAAUGAACACAUUUAUCACCAUGACGUAAUAGCCGAUGAAUCCAGACCAGCCGAGAAACAUACUCAUACUCGAUUUCCAUCGUGUCGCGCACGAACAACAAUGCGCGUAGUGUGAAAUAAACAUGUGUUGUUAAAAUAAACAUGUGUUGAGCAGUUUUCCGAUUGCAUUUUUGUUGUUUAUUACCCGCCGUUUCACACCCAGGGACAUCAUUACACAUCAGAAGAAUCAAGACAUAUCCAUUAAUGUUUCAGAAUUCAUUUAUUUAUUUCAUUGUACGUUAAUUCUAAAAAAAAAAAAUCGGAGGCUAAUUUGUAUGAGAGAUGCACGAGAUGAUUUGCAAGAGGUUUUCGUUAAGUACAGGUGAUGAUAGAAUUUAUUAAGUUAAAGUCAGGGAUUAUUUACAAAAUUAUGUAAAAUAUAGUCAGAUAUUUUAGUUUAAAGUGUGUUCUCUGAUUAUUUAAUAACCAUAAGUGCCAAUGCUCAGCGUGAUGUAGCAUCUUUAUCUAUAAUAUGAUUUUAUCUGUGAUAUGAUAUCGAUAAAUCGAAAGAUCGUCCUAAUUGAUGAAGUAGACCAGUAAAACACCAAAUCUUUUAUUCAUUCAUAAUACAAUCAGGACAAAUGGCUAUAUUGAAGAUGUUGAAGCGUGCUCUGUGCAAAAAUAUCGCGACAAGUGGAUCAAGAUUUGUGGGUAUUAUGGGACCCCUAACAAUUCCACCGCUGCAGAUUGCAACCUUGUAUUACUUCUGGCAGGAUUAUUCAAGGGUCGUUGAUAAACGAUACUGCUCCUGCUCGUGCUGGGACACUGUCUUCAAAGGCUCAUACGAAUCCGGAAUCGCACCCUACAAGCACAUGUAUUUCAAUGCCACCUCGAACAUGUUGAAAAUAUGGAUACUCAUCGUUGUCGGAGUGAUCGCGUUUUACGAAACGAUGAAACACCUAGCGAGAUUGGCGAUCAAACAGAGACUCAGGCAUUCCAUGAUGCUCCUCUUCUCGACUGCCCUGUUCUCCAAUUAUUACACGUGGUGGGUCUAUAUUAACUACUGGAACGACGACUUCUAUUCGCAAUGGUAUCACCAGCUGUUCUUUUCCAUCACCGAGCUGAUAUCCACCGCCUGGGUCGUUAAUCUCGCGGAUAAGAAAAAUCCCAUAACCCACAGAAAGGCGUUCGGCAUUGCCGCGAUAGCCCUUUUGCAUAUCAUGGCCGGGGGGUGGGAUCAGUUCUUCGAGAACGUCGUUAGAGGAGAGGGCCACGCGCACCAGGUCAUACGUGAUCUGGGCUUCAUGAUACCGGACAUCCUCCACCUCGCCGUCCCGCUGUGGUUAAUCAAACGAGAGAGUAUUUACAGUAUCCAUCUUCCUAACUCGUUAGCGUACAUGUCGAGCAUAGUGAUGAUCGGACUGUGCAUUUGGUCGUUUUUAUUAUAAUGCGAGAUCGUCGGGGACGGCGAAAAUGAACGUGCGAAAUUCCGCCGGCCGGCGAUUCGAUUCCAUUCUUCUCUGCGAGAAGAAUGGCCUUCUUUAAUCUACUACGUUCUUCCCGAACCGCGGAAAAUUCCGCGAUGCGACAGACUCGGUCUAACGCAAACGCCAAAGUCUUUCCGUCUCCGUAUCGGCGGAUCGAUCGCUACCGCGGGGGGGGGGACACACAGCAGGAAUUUUAUUAAUGCCGCUGAGAUGUCUCGCGGGGCGUGUUCCGUGAUAGUAUUAUCGUAUAAUUAACGAAUGUGUUCUGAAAGUAAUCCGACUGAACUUGAGUUGCGUGCCUCUUGCGUUUUAAGUUACCACCGUGUCUCCACUUUCCGCAAGUAUUUGACUGAGCUUGAAUUGCGUUCGCCUCAUGCGUUUUUAAGUUACCGGUGUGUGUACCUUUAUUCAGUACCUUAUUGUGUGCGUGUCUAACUAAACUUUGUUAUUUAUGAAAGACCUAUAGUAUUUAUGUAAUGGUGAAACGUAUAAAUUUUGGACGGGCGUCUUUAGACAAGCGGAAGAGGGCGCAGUCACAUUGAAAAUUUUGUUA